AAAAAUGACUAGAGGAAAUUCGUUAGAAAAUGAUUUAAAAUUAUUAAUUAAUAAUCCAAAAUAUAGUGAUAUUGAAAUUUUAUGUCAAGAUGGAAAAAAAAUUUAUGGAAUUAGAUCAAUCUUAGCCGCAAGAUGUGAAGUAUUAGAUAAAUUACUUUAUAAUGGAAUGAAAGAAAGUUAUGAAAGACAAAUUACUUUUCCACAAAUUGAUUCUAAUGAAAUUAAAUUAAUUAUAGAAUAUUUAUAUACUGGAUCAAUUGAUGAAGAAUCUUUUAAUAAAGAUAAUAUUAUUGAAGCUUAUUUAGCAGCAGAUUAUUUUCAAUUAACAGAACUUCAAAAACUUCUUUUAGAAUCUAUUAAAAUUAUUUCA